CAUCUAUAACGAUGCUCCUCUGGAAGCUUGCUCCACUGGGAACCUUCCUAAAGUAGUUUAAACACUGGCGAUACCAGCCAGGUGAUGUUUGUCGAUCCGAUUUGCGACUGGUGGUUUCGACUCACAGUGACCGAGGUAGGCGCCGACCUGCCGAAUCACAACGCUCGCCAAGAGACUAAACAGAUAAUUUAUUCUGUAUUAUGGAGGCGAGAUCUUAUCUCUUGCGCUGCGCUUCAUAUUCUACUCUGUAGUUUCCCCCAGACUAUUAUGGCAGAUGCCGUAUUGGUCCAAGGACGAACCCACCUGCCGGAUUGAUCAGCGCGCCAUGUUUACCACUGCAUUCAUGGAUAUCAGCUAAGGGCUUGAGGAGCUUCCUCUAGGGAGGCUAUAAAGGGUUUGCCCAGCACCACUCGACUUGGUUUCGUCCAGCGACAGAUUACGUAUUCAUACUCACACCAGAAAAUUCAAUAUGUGGACACCCGUCGUAGUCAUCUCGAGCCUUGCACUGGCGAGUGCUGUUGUGGUCCCUCGCGCGGCCAAGUACGAUGGCUACCAGGUUGUACGCCUUGAGGUCGGCAAAGAGGCUUCCCACGUCAACGAUGUCAUCUCUAAGCUUCAGUUGGAGACAUGGAAGCCCGCACGUGAAGAUGCUUUGGCUGACGUCGUGAUCCCUCCUGGUGUUCAAGAGGCAUUCAAGGCUGCUACCGCUCAUCUUCCAUCUGUCGUCAUGUACGAAAAUCUGGGCGAAGCCAUUACGAACGAGACUAUUGUCAGCACCUACGCUGUUGAUAGUACCUGGUUCAAUGCCUACCAUAGCUAUGCCGAUCAUCAGCAGUUUCUGAAGGACAUGCAGAGCACUUAUGCCAGUCAAUCAGAGAUCGUAAGUGCAGGAAGCUCACUCGAGGGUCGUCCCCUGAAUGGUCUUCAUUUCUGGGGCAGCAGCGGCAAGAACGUGAAGCCUGCCAUUAUCCUCCACGGAACUGUCCAUGCUCGUGAAUGGAUCGGCACUAUGGUCGUCGAAUACUUCUUAUAUACUCUCCUGACCGGCUAUGCCAGCAAUUCAGAGAUCAAAGCAUUCGUUGACAAGUACGACUUUUACAUCUUCCCAAACGUUAAUCCUGAUGGCUUCGUCUACACGCAAACCAACGAUCGUAUGUGGCGCAAGAACCGUCAAUCGACAUCUGGCUCUUCGUGCCUCGGCCAUGACAUCAAUCGCAACUGGAACUACAUGUGGUCUGUCACUGGCGGGGCCUCUACCGACCCAUGUGCGCAAGACUUCAAGGGCAGGGCCGCUGCCGAUGCGCCUGAGACCCAAGCCCACCAGAGCUUCAUCCAGAAAAUCAAGAACCAACAAGGUCUGAAGCUGUAUAUCGACUACCACUCCUACUCUCAGCUGUUCAUGUCGCCCUACGGAUACUCCUGCUCUGCUCUUCCAGCCAAGAACACCGAGUUUCAAAGCCUGAUGAAGGGUACUGUUGCUGCCAUCAAGGCUGUGCAUGGUGUGUCAUUCACCUAUGGGCCAAUCUGCUCGACCAUCUACCAAGCCACGGGCGCUUCAGUCGAUUAUGUCUCGGACGUCGUCAAGGCUGACUACAUCUUUACCUCGGAGCUACGCGACACUGGUAACUACGGCUUCCUUCUCCCUGCCAACCAGAUCGUCCCAUCUGGCGAGGAAGCAUAUGCUGGACUCAAGUAUCUCCUCCAGAAUAUGAAAUAAGCCGUGUAAAUAUAUGCUGGUGUUGACGUUUGGAGUUUGGACAUGAACAAUGCAUUGUAGAGGCGGUCAAAAAGCACAGCAGAGGAGUUUGGGGAGGUGUAGUCCGACGAGUCACGAGACAUAAGCCGGUGGUUGUUGCAUUUCAGGAGCUUGAUGGCCGGUGCUCUAUCGGGUGUGAACAUUCAAUGAAAGAGUCGAAUGAUCUCAUAUUGCUCGCCUCUUGACAUAUUACGUGAUGGCUUUUCCCUCGCCUAAGAAAGGCCCCAACGCCUCCCUGGGCCUAUUGAUGUUACCUCACGACGUGCUCAUG